GCUGCCAACGACAUGCACGUAUAUAAAGACUGUGAUGUCAAAGCAGACACAUUAUACGAAUUCAGUUUCAAUAUACGAGAACAGGAGGCCGACCGACCAAGCCGGGAGUAAAUUCAAACCAACACAAAUUGGAUUUGACAGAAUUUAGGAGCCAUUGGAAAAAUCAUAUGUUUACCCCAAAGACAGUUAACGAGACCUGGAGCGAUGGGAAAGAUGUUUGAAUGCUUUAAAGCCAACAUUAUGGGAUGUAUACCAUCUCGACAAAGAUCGUCAGAGGGUUCUGUGACAGAAGAUCCAUCAGAAACACGUACAGGAGGCUCGUCAGAGGACUCCAAGAAAAAUGCUAAGCCCAAUCUAACUCCUACGGUUCAAAUGGUCAACGACGAGACCCUUAGGUUACUACAGGAGAUUGGCGAACUCAAAGUAUUCAACACAGCGAACACGGACUGUAAGAAAAAUUUAGUUGUACAUCAUGAUAUUAUGUUGGCUCUAGAAAAUCCAAAAUCCUUUGGAAACGCUGCGAACUCACCGGCCGAACCAGCUACGGCCAAUGUGAAAUAACAAAGCCAUUUGGUCUGUCGAUUUUCAGUUUGGAAACCCUUUCAACGUUGUACAUUUCGAAAAGUGCAGCCGAAAAUUCAUGCCGAAGAGAUGGACAACUAUAUCAACUGCUAUUUUCGAGCGCUCAGUUAAGCCAAACGCUUGACUCCUUCUCGAAUCGAUAUUUCCCGAAGCUGGUUGGAGUGAGAUGAAUCGAAUGGACCGAACGUAGGUCCGACUGCCAAAGAUUGAUUCCCGAAAAGAGGCCUAGACUGUCCUGAUGGUUGGAGAAGAUAUUGUUUUAUUUCUCCGCGGUUCGAUCAAGGUUUUGCGGCCUUGUAAUGGCGACCAAACAAAUUCAUCCGUGUAAAUGCAUUCGUGAGCCAUCUAUCAAGUGAUCACUGUACAUUUAGCGGUCGAACACGACUAAAUACUGAAUGGCAUAUGAUAAAUUAGACCAAAGUAAAUAAGCAGAAAAUGCUGGGAAAAAUAGGAGAGAGAAUAUGAAGGUUUAUUGUUGAAGGUGUGUGGGAAUCGACGGCUUAAAUCCUAAAGCUACGGGAAUGAAGUUGACGUAAAUGAAUUGGCAAGCUGACUGACUGUGAAACGAGUACUUUAUUAUUUGACCAUGUUCGUGUGGUUUAAUAGUACGAUAUAUUGACGACCACAUCGCUGUUAAGCAAUGAGAGAGAAAAGGACAGCGAAAUUAAUCGAAUAAAUCAAGAGGAAAAAUAUCCAGAAGUAUGACUGGGCGACUUGAGCAAGAUGUAAAUAAGGCUUAUGAUGCAUUCAUAAAUAUUCAAAUGUCAUGUAUGUUGUGGUGGCCACACGCUCUUUACAUAUGUAGCUUUACCAGCCUUCACACCAACAUUGAAAGCGAAAAAAACCACUUUGAGCCGAUAAAAUAUCGAAGGGAAUAGCUAUACUAUCGUGGCUUCUCCUGAGGACUGGGAGUGUAGAUAGAUGAAAAGAAUUCUGUCUAUAUUAAAUUUCUCGAGCGAAGCACAUUAAUAUCGUCCGUCCAAUCCAUCGAGUAUCUAUCUACCUUCAUUUCACCAACAUGGUAUUUUUCUUUUUAGUUUCAUGCUCUAUACGAAGCAGAAAGAAGAUAGAAUGAAGGCAAAUUUGGGUUUAUAACGGCAGUGUAAAUUUUUGGGGAGAAAUGCUUUUUCAGCAUUUCGUGUUUCUCGAGAAAAUUAGAGUCAAAAUGAUGAAUGACGUCAUCAGAGCAGAACAAUAAUUUGCAUCGCUAAAGGUUAACUGGUAGAAGAUAUUGAAAAACAUUUACCUCUUGGCUACAAAAUUUAUAACUCUAUUUAUAUACCAUAAAGAAAUAAUGGCAAAAGACCCAAAUUAUUCUGUAUAUAGUAAGUAUAGCACGCGUAGCAACCAUAGCAUUAAAAGGCAUACUAAUAUAGUAUAGAAUAUAAAUAUUAUAUAUAUAUAUAUAUGUAGUACUAGUUAGAUAUAUGCACGUCUAGUCUACCGACUAUUCCAAGUACUAAUAUUAGUCCUAGGUCUAAUAAUUCCUAUGAUUUAUCCAAUGCAUAAUGAAAUAAAAUCGACUAUUUAUUUAUCA